AUGGAAAGUUGGCUCAAAACGGGGCGCCUCACAAGUGGCAAAAGGAUUUCGGAUUCUUCAUUAAAUUCAGAGCCACCAGCAGUGUGUAUUGAAAAUAUUUCAGAAAAUGUUCCUGGAUCGUCGGGUUUGCUAAAUACACAAGACCCUAGUGCCGGACUGAAUAUACAACAUACAAUCACCAAAAGAGUUGCAACCCAGGAGAAAACUUCUUCAAAAAAGAGAAGAUACGACGAAUCCUACUUGUCCUUUGGAUUUGUUCCUGUGGGAAUGACUGAGAACUCGGAUGGACAAUGUGUGAUUUGCAACAAAAUAAUAAGUAAUAGCUCACUGGUACCUGCAAAGCUUAAACGACAUCUUGACACGAACCACCCAGAACUGAAAGAUAAAAGCGUCAGCUUUUUUGAAAGACACAAAGAAGUGCGUAGAACUGGUGCAGCUGCUAUACAAAAAUUUGUAAAGACCGAUAAUGAAAAUGCAACAGAGGCAUCAUUUCUGCUAAGUUACAAAAUCGCUCCUGCUGGUAAACCACACACGAUUGCAGAGGAUUUAAUAAAACCAUGUAUGACAGAAAUUGUCACUUGUGUACUUGGAGAAGAAGCAGCAAAGAAAGUGUCAGCAGUGCAGUGUUCAAAUAACGUCAUUUCUGAUCGAAUUCAUAAGAUUUCUGACCAUAUUCAAGAUGAAUUAAUUAGUAGAUUGAAGACCAGCGAGAUGUUUGCAAUGCAACUGGACGAAAGUACAGAUGUCGUCGGGUUAUCAAUACUGCUUGUUUUUGUGAGAUAUCCCUUUGGAGGAUCUAUUGAAGAGGAUUUGUUUCUUUGUACUCCUUUAGAAACCAACACAACCGGAGAAGAAAUUUUUAAAGUUAUCGACUAA